AUGGAUCAUGAUGUGUUAUUAGAUCAGACUUUUAAAGUAUACAAAUCCAAUCGUAGCCUUAGGGCCAUUCCUCAAGAUCAGAGGGAAUAUAUCCUAUUAAACUUGUCGAAAUUUUUAUUUCGUGCUUAUCAAAAUCAUAGUACGGACAUUAUACCAAUAUACGAUUCUUAUGAGUCAAUUAAAGAUGGAUUGAAACUCACCUUCAAUGGGCUAGAAUAUGGAGGCUACAAACUUAACCAGUUGUCCAUUAAACACAAAAGUUCUUCGAUUUUAAGUAAGCAGGCGUUUGUAUUUUUGAGCAGUGAUCAAUCCUCGUCAGAAUUCAACACAGUGAUAUUGAACAGAGUAUCAAGCUCUUCCACUAACGUUUCUGCCAACGAAUUUAUUAUAUCUUUACUUGAGAACUUGGAUCUUGACGAUCCAUUUGUCAUAAGGGAGCAUCGAUUCGGGUAUCAUUCCAUUAAAGAGGUUUCAAAUCAGCUAACGGACGAGGAAACUGACAAGUACUUGCUAGGUGACAUUGAGCUCGUAUACGUGAUGCAUUUCAACCAUAUCAACGAGAAUUUAAGGCAUAUAAUUAUAAACGUGCCAAACAAAGACAUCCAAAACAUGAAUAAUGCAGGUUUGAUUGACAAUAUAAACAUGUUUCUACAAGAGAAUUCCAAAAUCGAUUUCCAGAAAUUAUCCAUACUGAAGUUUAGUUCAGCAUCCGUCAAUAUAUCUAUAGACGGCAAAAUUAAAAUAUUUGGUGAAAAAUUUAAAGGACAUAUGAGACUGAGAGAACAAGUAUCCAAUAAUACGGACGACUCGAACGAAGAUCCAUUUGGCCAUCCAUUCAUAUGGAGACUACUAUGCUCGCUCUUUCACCAAAUAUUGAAUGUAAAUACUAUAUAG